AUGUUAACAUAAAUUGAAUCUUUGCAUAAUUAAAAUUAGUCUAUGUUAUCAACUAAUGAAGUUGUGAAAUGGGAAUGGCAGCCAUUUAACAAUAAUAUUGUUCAUAAUGGGCAAACUCUCAGAAUAGAAGCUUCUAAUGUCAUUAAGUAUUAGAACUCGAAUCAGGGCUAUUCGCUUGAUUUAAAGUUAUGGAAACCCUUUCCUUUUAGUGCAAACAUUGGUUGGAAUUGGCACAAAUCUUGGAACAUCCCUGAGCUAGAGUGUUAAUUAAAAAUCGACAAUGAUUUGGAACAUCACAUACUGAAUACACUAACCAUAGUAGCAAAUAUCUAUAUUGUUAAACAUAACUACGAUAAAAUGGAAAUGGAGAGCAUUGGCUGCCAAAGAAAUGGGAUUUCAAUAUUAAGAUAAUUAAAGUUCAAUACAACUUCGUAUAAGAAUGAAUAUCAAAAGUUCUAAAUCCUCGUGGUCAUUACUUAAAUCAAUAGCAGCCAGUAAUUUGUGAUCGAUGCAAAAUGUUCCCCCUAUAUAUUUGUAGAUUCUCGUAAGCACGCCAGAUAACAGGCUCUCAAUAAUAAUAUUCAACUAAUUAUUGAUCCAUUUUUACCAGAAAACCUAGACAAAGAUUUUGUCAAGAAAGAAAGAAAGAAUCAGCCCAAAAAUUUAUUGAAAGUCGAUAAUACGAUCCAAGGCUUAAUUAAUUACUUCACAGCUCCGAAUAUUAGACAUAAAAUCAAACAUCCGUUAUUCUUGGCUAUUAAAUUUGACAAAUGUGUAAAAUUAUACUUAAAGAAAUAAAAUCUUGCAAAAAAUUCAAAAGACAUAAUUCUAAAAGUAUAGAGCAUUUUGAUGAAAUCAAAUCAAGAAAGACAAUAUUCAGACAAAGGAAUGGCUUUACUAUUUUAAAUUGAUUAAACCAACGAACUGGAAUUUAAAAAAGUAUAUGAAAUAACUCAAAUAUUUGAAAACGACAUAUUUAUGUUAUACACGAAACAAGAUCAAAUACCAGUGGAUUAUACUCUAGUAGAAGAGACUUCAAGACUGAAGUACUAUUACAAAUAGCUGUAUCCUAAUUUGAUAAAUCAAAAAGGCGGAAUAAAUUAACAAUCUGAAAAUUAAGAAGAAUAAGCUAUUGUUAAGUAAGUAACAUUAAAUGAAAAGGACUAUGAGAAUUAAAUAGAUACACAUUUAUUAAUUAAAUAGUGUCAAUAACACAAAUAAUAACAAGAAGAAUAUAAUAAUAAUUAAAUUUUUAAUUAUAAUAAUUAGUUAUCAUAUUAUUAUAAUUAAUAUUAAUUAUAAUAGUAAUAAUAAUAGUAACAAUUCUAAAUUUAAUAAUAAUAAUGGUACAAUAAUAUGUAGUAACAGUUACAGCAAUAAUAACAAUAUUAUAUCAUGCAACAACAAUAAUAUUAAUAUCACAGAUUCUAUUGA